CUUCCACUGACUGAUCAACUUCAAAACAGCCUUUCCUAGCGUGACCCUCUCAGAGAGUGAGGUGGUUAGAUUGAACGUUGCUGGCCUUUUGAAAUCGUACAAAUAUGCUGUCAUUGACGUUGAGGCAAAUUGCACGGCCAUUGUGCCUGCGUGCCCCGGUGGCCCUGAGCAGCGUGGGGGCGAGGAGGAGCCAGCAUGCCGCUACCCGUAGUGUGGAACAGGAGGCCCCAUGGACUGGGCAGGACAGUCUGGCCCAGGACGACCCAGAGAUGUGGAACUUGCUGCGGAAAGAGAAGGACAGGCAGUGUCGGGGACUGGAGCUCAUUGCCUCUGAGAACUUCUGCAGUCGGGCUGCACUGGAGGCCCAAGGAUCCUGCCUCAAUAACAAGUACUCAGAGGGCUACCCAGGCAGGAGGUACUAUGGUGGAGCUGAGGUGGUGGACCAGAUAGAGUUGUUGUGCCAGAAGAGAGCCCUGGAGACCUUUGACCUGGACCCUGCCCUGUGGGGGGUGAACGUCCAGCCCUACUCUGGCUCUCCUGCCAACUUCGCUGCUUACACAGCCGUCCUCAACCCUCACGACCGCAUCAUGGGCCUGGACCUGCCUGACGGUGGACAUCUGACCCAUGGUUACAUGUCUGACACCAAGAGGAUAUCUGCUACCUCCAUCUAUUUUGAGUCCAUGCCCUACAAGCUCAAUCCUGCCACAGGGCUCAUUGACUAUGACCAGCUGGAGAUGACUGCCCGUCUCUUCCGGCCCAAGUUGAUCAUUGCAGGCACCAGCGCCUACGCUCGCCUCAUUGACUACGCUCGCAUCAAGAAGUUGUGUACGGAGGUGAAAGCCUACCUGCUGGCUGACAUGGCCCACAUCAGUGGUCUGGUAGCUGCGAAGGCUGUCCCCUCGCCCUUCAAGUACGCUGAUAUGGUCACGUCCACAACGCACAAGUCCCUCCGAGGAGCCAGGGCUGGUCUAAUCUUCUACCGUAAGGGCGUGCGUUCUGUGGACAAGAAGGGGAGGGAGAUCCAAUAUGACCUGGAGGACCGGGUCAACUUCGCUGUGUUCCCCUCUCUGCAGGGGGGACCCCACAACCAUGCCAUCGCUGGGGUGGCCGUCGCACUCAAACAGGCCCAGACGCCGAUGUUCAGAGAGUACAUUGGCCAGGUGAUGCGUAACUCCAAGGCCAUGGCUGAGGCCCUACUGAGCAAAGGAUACACGCUGGUGUCAGGGGGGACGGAGAACCAUCUGGUGCUGGUGGACCUGAGGCCUAAGGGCAUCGAUGGAGCCAGAGCAGAGAGAGUUUUGGAGCUGGUGUCCAUCACAGCCAACAAGAACACCUGCCCUGGGGACAAGAGUGCCCUGGCGCCUGGGGGCCUCAGGCUAGGUGCCCCGGCGCUGACCUCCAGACAGUUCAAGGAGACAGACUUUGUCCAGGUGGUGGAGUUCAUGGAUGAAGGCUUUAAGAUCGCCCUGGACGUCAAGAAGAAGACUGGGAAACUUGCAGACUUUAAGAACUUCUUGUUGGAGGAUCCAGAGACAGUCGCCCGCAUGGCAGAGCUGAGGAAACGAGUGGAGGCCUUCGCACGUCCCUUCCCCAUGCCCGGCUUCGAGGAUCACUAGGCCCUCCACACACACACACACACAGAGAGAGAGAGCAGGGAGAGUCAGUCGAGUAUUUCCGUUCCAAUAUCCAACACUAGCAUACUACUUAGAAUGAAGCAGCAAUGUAUUUGGAGGUGAAUUUUAAGUGGUAGGCAAUUAUGGACAUUGGAACUUGGUGGUGGUCAGGGAUUGGAUUCAGGACUGGCGGAACCUCGCAGACUUAUCCAAACAGAUGGGAGACCUUGGUUAUUCCUUUGACAUCAUCCGUUGACCUCUGACCUAACGCUUCUAACCCCUUUUGUAUGUUUACACAAAAAAAAUCCUUAUUUUGUUAGUGUUAUUUUCUGCACGUUUUUAAGGUUGUAGAGGAAAGAGCUCAACGUCAGACCCUGAGAGAAAUGUCAUCUAAUCUUAAACUGUCACCACCAAAGGUAGUGACUUGGAUAACAUUAUUAGAAGCACAGAGUCUUAAACUAUAACUGAACACAUUGUCUUAAUUUAACAACUUGUUGACUAGAUGUUCAUGAUGGAGAUUUGAUAAUACACGUCUGUCGUACUACCCUA